CGGUUUCAAGUCGUAUGACUGCGCAUGCGCAUUGCGCCAUCGUGUGUCCAAGUAAUUUCUCCUGUCAGGGCGCUGCUCUGCAUGUGAUGUCUGUGCAUUUCGAUGAGAGGAGCGGGGUGGUGCCAUGCAAGACUCCCUGGGGUUGCUGGUACCAGACCAUGGAGGAGGUGUUCAUUGAUGUCCAGGUGCCCCCUGGUACACAGAGCCGACAUAUCCGCUGUAAGCUGGGCAUCAGGGAGAUAGCACUGAAUGUGCGGGACACACACAUCCUACAGGGACGGCUGUAUGAUUCCACGAUAAGCGAUGAAAGCACUUGGACAUUAGAGGACAAAAAACUAAUCCGAAUAGUAUUAACCAAGUCCAACCGGGAUGCAGGCAAUUGCUGGCCAUCUUUACUAGAAGGAGAGUAUUCUGCUGAUCCUUGGGUUCAAGAUGAGAUGCAGAAGAAACUGACACUGGAGAGAUUCCAGAGAGAGAACCCUGGAUUUGAUUUUAGUGGAGCAGAAAUUUCAGGAAACUACAGCAAAGGGGGGCCUGACUUUUCCAAUUUACAGAAGUAAACCACUUAUCAAAGGACUUUUUAUACUUUACCAGUUUCCGGUUAGAAAUAAAUGGAUGAAACGUAAUCUUUUUUUAAUCGUUGCUAAUAAGGUGUACAGCAUUGCAGGAUACUGGAAAAUGCAUGCUAAAAUAUGA